AUGAUUCGCGCUCUGAACCUUUUCCGAUCGCGUGCGACUAUGGCACAGAGCAUGCUGCGCUCUGGUGCCAAUGUGGGCAUGCAGAAGCGGUUCCUGUCGAUUCACGAAUACCUUUCGAUGGGUCUGCUGAACAAGUACGGCAUCAACACACCCAAGUUUUUCCCCGCAAAAGACAGUGAUGAGGCGUACUUGUCAACGAAAAAGUUCGACGGUAAGCCUGUGGUUGUCAAGGCACAAGUGCUCGCUGGUGGCCGUGGAAAGGGCCACUUCGACAACGGACUUCAGGGCGGUGUCCAUCUGGUCAAGUCUGCUGAGGAAGCUCGUGACCUAACGGGCAAGAUGGUCGGAUCCAAGCUCAUCACGAAGCAGACGGGUGCCGCAGGCCGUGUGUGCAACUCCGUUAUGAUUGCUGAGGCUCGCACACCUAAACACGAGUACUACGUUGCGAUUCUGAACGACCGUGUGCGCCAGCUGCCCGUGCUGAUUGCGUCGAAUCAAGGCGGUAUGUCGAUCGAAGAAGUCGCCAAGGAGAACCCGGACGCUAUUAUUACGACACCUAUUGACUACACAAAGGGUCUGGAUAUGGAGACCGCGAAGCAGGUGGCCCACAAGCUCGGAUUCUCUGGCGAGCAACAAGAGAAUGAGGCCGCCGACACUUUCGUGAAACUCUACAAGUUGUUCCGUGAACGUGACGCGACUCAGGUGGAAAUCAACCCACUCGCCGAGAGCGAGGAUGGCGCCGUGCUGUGUAUGGACGCGAAGCUUGGCUUUGAUGAGCAUGCUGAUUUCCGUCAGAAGGAAGUAUUCGAGAUGCGUGACCUGACGCAGGAGGACCCUAGCGAAGUGAGGGCUAGUAGGUACGGCCUGAACUUUAUCAAGCUCGACGGUAACAUUGGUUGUCUCGUGAACGGUGCUGGUCUCGCUAUGGCGACGCUCGAUCUCCUCUCGCUCAACGGCGGUAAGCCUGCGAACUUCUUGGAUGUUGGUGGUGGUGCGAACGCCGAGGCUGUGAAGAAGGCAUUUGAGAUCGUUCUUGAGGGCGAAGGCGUGCGUGCUAUCUUGGUGAACAUUUUCGGUGGUAUCAUGCGCUGUGACGUUAUUGCUGAGGGUAUUAUCAAGGCUACCAAGGAGAUGGAACUCAAGAUCCCUCUAGUGGUCCGUCUUCAGGGCACGAAGGAGCAAGAGGCGAAGGAGCUCAUUCGUCAGUCUGGUCUGAAGAUCCAGGCUUACAAUGACUUGGACGAGGCUGCUCGCAAGGCUGUGGAAGCUGCCGCUCAGUAA